UUCAAUGUCACCAUCAUUAUCAUUCCAGUUUUCAAGCGGAUCACCUCAACAUGCCCAGUUUUAAAGAUAAAGUGAUUAUAGUGACCGGCGCCAGUUCGGGAAUCGGAGCGGGCACUUCAGUCCUCUUGGCCAAGCUCGGUGGGCUGCUGACCAUCGUGGGCAGGAACGUGGAUAAGCUCAAGGAGACCGCGGAUCAGAUAGUGGCAGCUGGAGGGGCGCCUGCCCUUCAGGUGGCGGCGGAUAUGAACAGCGAGUCGGAUGUCCAGGGUAUCGUAUCCGCCACGUUGGCCAAGCACGGACGCAUCGACGUGCUGGUGAACAAUGCCGGGAUUCUGGAGCUGGGCAGCAUUGAGAACACCAGUCUGGAGCAGUUCGAUCGCGUGAUGAACACCAAUGUGCGGUCCGUCUACCAGCUGACCACUCUGGUCACGCCGGAGUUGAUCAAGACCAAGGGCAACAUCGUGAACGUGUCCAGUGUCAACGGCAUCCGCUCCUUUCCCGGUGUCUUGGCCUACAACGUCUCCAAGGCGGCUGUGGAUCAGUUCACCAGGUGUGUGGCCCUGGAACUGGCUCCCAAGGGAGUUCGUGUGAACUCCGUGAAUCCCGGCGUGAUCAUCACCGAGCUGCAGCGUCGAGGUGGACUGGACGAGGAGGCGUACAAGAAGUUCCUGGAGCACGCCAAGAUCACCCACGCCUUGGGUCGUCCCGGAGAAGUCAAGGAGGUGGCUGCGGCCAUCGCCUUCCUGGCCAGCGAUGAGGCCAGCUUCAGCACCGGAAUCAGUCUGCCCGUGGACGGAGGUCGCCAUGCCAUGUGUCCAAGAUGAGAAUCUAGUUACUUAGCCAGAAUGCAUUUAUUUGCCUCCAAAGAUUGGAUGGCCAGUAUUUUAACAAUAUUAAAAAACAUUAAAAAAAUCU